AUGGCGACUUGCGUUCCAGCGCUCCACGUCGGCAUCUCUCGGUUUAAAGAUAACGCCUAUGGAAGAGACUUUUUCAAUAAGCAGCCAUUCCUCGACUGCUCAUCUCCUUGUCCAAUAUCCACCUACGUUUUUCCCUCGAUGAGGGGGCAAACCAAAGUCAGAACGGAGUCGUUAAUUGUAAGUCAUCAAUUGGAUGAGAACAAUAAAUUAGCCCUGACGGAAUUGAAGGGCACAAAAUCACUCCCUUCUUUCUUAUCCUGGUGCGGCACGCUUCCUACUGCUUCUUGCUCCUUGUUGUUGCUCCACGCAACCGAUCCGAGGGCGGAACUAAAAGAAGCUUCCCGUAAGAUCCAGCUGAACUGGCUGCCUCAAAUCCCUUGGACAUUUUUCUUUAUGCUCGAGGUGGAUUUGUGCGGAGCUGAUUAA